UAGAAAUCUGUGAUAAUCCGCGCAAAAUGACAUUCCCAGUGUUGCCCUUGGUCUCGGGUCCUUCUGCGCACGAAGAAAUAGCUGCUUUUGCUGUUGUUGGACAGAUAUUGUUACCUUUCAAAAGUGUGCAAAUCUCAAAGACGUUUUUGAACCAAUUCCCAUACGAGCUUCUCGUUGAUGUUGAUGUGUCAGCCGACUCUGUUACUGUUGACGAUGUCGUUCUCUUAUUGAACAGCGGUGUCAGACAAGUAAUUGUGUCUGAAAAGCAGGCACCAGAGUUGGUUUUUGAGAGUGGAUUGCCUACUUCCAGAUUUACAAUUGAAUUGCAAGGUUCAGAAUUGUCAGCUCAAAUUGCUAAAUCUUCAGCUUCUGUAGUAUUGAAUUCUGCAGUAUCCAAAGAUGCUUUUAAGAGUAUCAGUUCCAGCGGAAACAGAACGGUUUACUAUAGAAAUGGCGCCAUAUCACAAGAUUUAGCAGAAACUUUAGCUCAAGACGGCUACACUCUUAUCAUCCCUGCUGAAAAGUUGACUGAUAAGACUAGUGAGUCUGGCAAAAUCUCGAUCUCGACUAUUUUCACCAGCACUUUGACAACAGACCGUCCAGAUGGUCUUUUCACCACUUUAAUUACUGCUCCAGCUCCAUCUUAUACUGCCUUGGGAGUGGUAUAUUCAUCCAAGGCCUCCAUUGAAGCAGCCAUUGCCGAAAAAGUUGGAGUGUAUCAAUCACGUAAACGUACUCAAGAGUUGUGGUAUAAAGGUAAGACCUCUGGUGCUACCCAAAAGUUGUUGAAGUUGGAAAGAGACUGUGAUUCUGAUGUCGUUAAAUUUGUAGUAGACUCCAGAGACGGCUACGGUUUCUGCCACUUGGACAAUAACUACACCUGUUUUGGAGAUGGACAAUUAAAGCAGAAGUCUGAGGCUGUUGGUACGGGAUUGGCCAAAUUGGACAGUACUUUGGCUCUGAGAUUCCAGUCUGCCCCUGAAGGUUCCUACACCAAGCGACUUUUCAGCGACGACACCCUCUUAAUUGCAAAGUUAAAAGAAGAAUUAGACGAGUUGAUUGAGGCAGGACAGAAUAAGGAGAAAGAUGCGUCAGAUGUUGCCUUUGAAUGUGCCGAUUUGUUCUACUUCGCAUUGGUGUGGUGUACCAAGAAUGGAGUUAAGUUGGCAGAUGUCGAGAAAAACUUGGAUAUCAAGGCUGGUAAGGUCACCAGAAGAAAGGGCGACGCCAAGCAACAAUACUUGGAAACUAAGGAACAAUCCAAGGAAGAGUCGAAAGAAGAUCCAAAGGAAAAACAAUUGUAUAAGAUGGAAACCAUCAACACCAAGGAUGCUGCUUCUGCUUCUCUGAUCCAGAGAGCCUUGACGAGACCAGUGCAAAAGACUUCGGACAUCAUGAAGUUGGUUCUCCCCAUUGUUCAGAAGGUUCAAAAAGAAGGCGAUAAGGCUUUGAUCGAGCUCACUGAGAAGUUCGAUGGUGUCAAGUUAGAUUCGCCGGUAUUGAAAGCUCCUUUCCCACAAGAUCUCAUGAAUAUCUCUGAGGACAUGAAAAAAGCUAUUGACUUGUCGAUUUCCAACAUCGAAAAGUUUCAUGCUGCUCAGCUUCCAAAGGAAAAGGUGAUGACAGUUGAAACUUCUCCUGGGGUAUAUUGUUCUCGUUUCGCCAAACCUAUAGAAAACGUUGGUUUGUACGUUCCAGGUGGUACUGCGGUUUUGCCUUCUACUGCCAUGAUGUUGGGAGUUCCUGCUAAAGUUGCCGGUUGUUCCAAUAUCGUAUUAGCGUCUCCUCCAGCCAGAGCCACUGGUAAGUUGACUCCAGAAGUCGUUUAUGUUGCCCACAAGAUCGGUGCCAAGUGCAUUGUUAUGGCUGGGGGUGCUCAGGCCGUCACUGCCAUGGCCUACGGUACUGAAAGUGUUCUCAAGUGUGACAAGAUCCUCGGUCCAGGGAACCAGUUUGUCACUGCAGCAAAAAUGUAUAUACAAAACGAUACUCAAGCUCUUUGCUCCAUCGACAUGCCUGCCGGUCCUUCUGAAGUCCUAGUCAUGGCUGACGAAAAUGCCGACGCUGACUUUGUUGCCAGUGACUUGUUGUCUCAAGCCGAACAUGGUGUGGAUUCUCAGGUCAUCUUGAUUGGUGUUAACUUAUCAGACAAGAAAGUACGAGAAUUUGAAGAAGCUGUUAGAAAACAAGCUGAGGUACUUCCAAGAAAGGAAAUCGUCGCUAAGUGCUUGGCUCACUCGUUCAUUCUCUUGGUUGACAAUUAUGACGAAGCGUUUGACUUGUCCAACAAGUACGCCCCAGAACAUUUGAUCCUUCAAAUCGAUAAUGCUUCCUCGUUUGUUCCGGACUAUAUAGAAAAUGCUGGUUCCGUUUUCGUGGGUGCCUUGUCGCCAGAGUCAUGUGGUGACUACUCCUCAGGUACCAAUCACACAUUGCCUACCUACGGUUAUGCCAGACAGUAUUCUGGUGUGAAUACUGCUACAUUCCAGAAGUUCAUUACUUCGCAAGAUGUUAGUGAAGAAGGGUUGAAGAGUAUUGGUAAGGCUGUUAUGACCUUGGCUGCUGUAGAAGGAUUGGAAGCUCACAGAAAUGCCGUCCAAGUCAGAAUGGACAAAUUGGGAUUGUUGUAAUAAGUGUCAAAGAAUAAUUUUAGACAAAUUUUAUUAAGACUAUAAUAUGUUUGUAGUUAUCACAUAUUUUCAUAUACAUUAACUUUG